AUGCAUGAAAGGGACUCUCCUGCCAUAAGCGAUGGCCUCAAAUUUGGAGCAGGUCCCCUGUCACAGAGAAACAGUGUCAAAGCAGGGAACUGGUCUGAGAUGUCCAGUCAUGGAGAGUCUCGGUGUAGAGUGGCUGAGGGGCUCAGCAGGAUGGAAAUAGAUGCCCGUUUUCGCUACUAUUUCCAGCACCCGUGGUCACGUCUCAUCGUGGCGUACCUCGUCACCUUCUUUAACUUUCUCAUCUUCGCAGAGGACCCCAUCUCUCACAGUCAGACAGAGGCACAUAUGAUUGUGGUGGGCAACUGCUUCUCCUUCCUGUUCAACAAGUACCCAGGCCUAGGAUGGAACAUCCUCAAAGUAGUGUGCUGGAUACUGGCCAUUAUCACUGGCCUGUUAGCUGGGAAGUUUAUAUUCCACCGCCAGCUCUUUGGUCGAUACCUGCGCCUGAAAAUGUUCCGCGAGGAUCAUGGCUCCUGGAUGACCAUGUUCUUCAGCACCAUCCUCUUCCUCUUCAUCUUCUCACACAUCUACAACCUUUUCCUGCUGAUGGCUGGGAGCAUGGAGCGUCACAUGGUGACAGAGUACAUGGGCAUCAGGAAUGAGAGCUUUAUGAAGAUUGCUGCAGUGGGGACAUGGAUGGGAGACUUUGUCACUGCUUGGAUGGUAACAGAUAUGAUGCUUCAGGAUCAGCACUACCCAGCUUGGGGCAAAGCUGCCAGAAGGUUUUGGAAACAAGGCAACAACAGGAUCGUUCUUUUCUGGACAGUACUCAUCACUCUGACGUCAGUGGUGGUUCUGGUCAUCAGCACGGACUGGAUCAGCUGGGACAACCUGAACCGAGGAUUCCUGCCCAGCGAUGAGGUCUCCAGAGCCUUCCUGGCUUCCUUCAUCUUGGUCUUCGACCUUCUCAUUGUCAUGCAGGACUGGGAAUUUCCUCACUUCAUGGGUGACCUGGAUAUGAAUCUACCAGGAAUGUCAACCACGCAUGUGAAGGUCAAGCUUCCUGUCUGCAAGCGUGUCUUUAAAGAGGAAUACCACAUUCAUAUCACAGGUAAGUGGUUCAACUAUGGUAUCAUCUUCCUUGUGCUAAUUUUGGACCUCAACAUGUGGAAGAACCAGAUAUUCUACAAGCCCUAUGAAUAUGGUCAGUACGUUGGGCCUGGUGAGAAGAUUUUCACAGUGGAGGAGCCAGACACACUCAGGAACUUCAACCACAGCACACUCACCUACGAGUGGCGCUCUACCAACAUCGACCCCGGCACCAAUUCAACCUAUGUGGAGCAGGACAUGUUCCUCCACAGCCGCUACGUUGGAGCCAGCCUGGACGUCAAGUGCCUGGCCUUUAUCCCGAGCCUGGCAGCGUUCGUCCUCUUUGGGUUCUUCAUCUGGUUGUUUGGGCGAUUUCAGGACAGUGAGACCUUCAACGAAAAUCAAGACAAGUCCUAUGAGCGUAUAAAGAGGAAAUCACCAUCGGAGUACAGCAAGGAGAUGGGCGUGACACCGGAGGAGAUGCAUGCGACCAUGAGCGACAGUCUGAAACGAUCAGGAACACCCAUGCUUCUCUCAGUGGAUGGGCCACACUUUGGAGCAACACCCUCUACUAACUCUACUAUCUCCACGGAAACCCAAGAGACACAUCCAAGCAUUGUGAUUGACAGUGCAGCGCAGGAGGAACCAGCAGUCUCUUUUGAUGUCCACAAACUAUCUCCGUGA